UCUGAUUCGCCUUAUAAACAACAGAAUAUUAAUUUAAUGUAAUUUACUAGUUAAUUAAGUAUAUUUAACCAUUUUUAUUAUGGAUCUGAAGUGCCUUAGGAGUAUAUUUUACUUUGUACUAUUUGGAAUCUCAUUGUCGCAACAUAGUUUUGAUGAGCAUAAAUCUGAUUCGUUAAUAUGGUGCACAAUAUCUGACGAGGAACAAUAUAAAUGCCAAAAUUUCACAGUUGCACUGGAACGUGAUAAAGCAAUGUUUGAUGAAGAUUUAAUGGAUCUAAAGUGUAUUAAAGGAUACGAUACUGAUGAAUGCAUUAAAAAGAUUGAUCAUGAAAAGGCUCACAUUAUGUCAUUGGAUGCUGGAGAAGUUUUUGUUGCCGGUCGAUAUUUCUCACUCAUUCCAAUUAUGCAGGAAACUCUUGAAGGCGGUCUAUCCAAUUAUUAUGCAGUCGCUGUUAUCAAGAAAGGCUCAUUACCAGACGUACAUCAUAUAAGAAAUUUAAGGAACAAGAAGGCAUGUUUUGCAUACGUUGGUUCUCAAGCUGGCUGGAAUAUUCCAAUUUAUACUCUGAUGAAUGAAGGACAUAUGGAAGUUGUUGACUGCAAUAAUCACGUCAAGAAUGCAAUUAAUUUCUUUGGAAAGUCUUGUGCAGUUAAUUCUCUAAUUGACAAAUACAAUCCAAUUGGUGAUAACUCUGAUAAGCUGUGUCAAUUGUGUACUGGAAAAGUUCCUGGUGGAUGGUGUAAUUCAGCAGAUCCAUACAUUGGUUUUGAAGGAGCAUUUACAUGUUUGAUGGAAGCAGGAGAAGUCGCAUUUUUAAAGCACACAACUGUUAGUGAAAUGCUUGCAACUAAAUUUAAGCAGGUCGAAGAAGAUCACCUCGAAUUAUUGUGCAAAAAUGGUGAAAGAAUGCCUGUAAGUGAAUACUUGCAAUGUAAUUGGGGAAUGGUUCCAUCGAAUGCCUUAGUGACAUCAUCAGCAAGAUCACUUGAAGACCGAAAACGAUAUCAACGAUUCCUGCAAUCAGCAGUUAAGCAUUAUUCUCGUAAAAGAGCCUUGGAUCAAAGUACAACGACUAAUCGAUAUAAUAGAUUCGAUAAUAGGAACCGCUUUAAUGACGAUCCUUUUGGAUUCUCCUCAACAACAACAAAUGUUCCAUUAAAUGAUUCAGUACUGUAUGAAAGCUUUCAACUUUUUGAAUCGAGUCGGUAUGGCAGACGAUUAAAUUUGAUGUUUCAGGACUCAACUCAUGGCUUAGAUUCGUUAGAAGAACAAAAACAGACAUUCAAGACAUAUCUUGGGGAUCAUGAGAAAAUCAUUUAUGAUAUUCGUCAAUGUCCAGUUGGUAGAAUGACUAUGUGCGUCACAUCAGAUGCAGAGUACGAGAAAUGUGUUAAAAUGAGGACUGCCUUGAAAGCCCAACUUGUUAAGCCUGAAAUGCUUUGCCAUAAAGCUCACAGCCACAUCAGUUGCAUGCAAUCGAUUCAAAAUGGAAUAGCUGAUGUUAUUGUUUUAGAUGCGGCUGAUGUCUAUACUGCUGGAUUGAAAUAUGACUUGAUUCCGUUCAUGUCUGAAGUCUAUAAUUUAGGCGAACCUGAAUAUUAUGUGGUAGCAGUUUCAAAAGUUGAAGAUCCAACGACUGAAUUGACAUAUUUGAAGAAUAAAUACACUUGUCAUUCAGGAAUUAAUACAGCAGCUGGCUGGAUUUAUCCAAUGGCUUAUUUAAUUUCAAAUGGUUGGAUUCGACCUUAUGGAUGUGACAGUAUGAGAGCAGCUGCUGAAUAUUUUACAAAAAGUUGCAUUCCUGGUGCAAUUAGUAAUGAAUAUAAUAUUGGAGUGCCUUAUGAUAAUAUGUGCGAUUUAUGUCACGGAGCAAGUUAUCGAUAUUGUCGUAGAGAUGCAUCCGAAGAUUAUUAUGGACAUACUGGAGCUUUUAGAUGUCUUGUUGAAGGUGGUGGACAUGUUGCUUUUGUUAAGCAUACGACAGUUUUUGAGAAUACGGGAGGAAAGCGCAAAGAAUGGUGGGCACGAGAUGCACUGGAUGAUGAUUUUGAAUUGCUCUGUCCUGAUGGUACACGUAAUAAAAUAACUGAUUAUAAGCAUUGUAAUCUAGGCAAGGUUAAAUCAAAUGCAAUUGUAACAAGAGGAGGCGCAGGAUAUAAUCAGAAAGAAAUUGAUGCUUAUAUAAAUCUAUUCGUGUAUGCUCAACAGUAUUAUGGACGAAAAACACCUGAUGAUUUCAGUUUCAGCAUGUUCUAUUCCGUUCCACCAUAUCAUGACUUAAUAUUCCAAGAUUCAACUCGACAACUUACAAUCAUUCCAACAAAUCAACGAAGAUGGGACUUAUACUUAGGAUCUGACUUUUUGAGGGCUCGACGAAUCACCGAUUGUGACUCUGGAGCUAAUAUUUUACGUACUCAUUUUAUUUUGACUUUAUCACUGAUAUUCUUAACAUCCCAAACUAUCUUUUAGCUAAUAGUAUUUUGUAAUUGAAUCCGUCCCAAAAAUCCAUUUAGAAUUAGUAUAUGUUAAUGUUAAUGCCGUCCAAAAUUUUUGACAAAUUUUAUUGAAUUUUUAUAUGCUGACAAAAAAGAAUAAUUAAUAAAGAAUUGAGAUUUUUUUAAAAUAA